CUCACUCGCGCCGGCCGCCGCCGAGCAGGCAGCAGCCGCGUCAGGGCCGUCCGGGGGCGCGGCCGGCGAUGCCCGCAACCCCCGCCGCGCCCCGCCGGGCCUGCUGAGCCGCCCACCGGGCCGGGGUCGCGCCGGGCCGCGCCCGAGCGGGGCCGCGCUGCCUGCAUGACCCUCCGGCGGCGCGGAGAGAAGGCGACCAUCAGCAUCCAGGAGCAUAUGGCCAUCGACGUGUGCCCCGGCCCCAUUCGGCCCAUCAAGCAGAUCUCCGACUAUUUCCCCCGCUUCCCGCGGGGCCUGCCCCCGGACGCCGGGCCCCGCGUCGCCGCACCCCCGGACGCCCCCGCGCGCCCAGCCGCGGCCAGCGCCGGCCGCCGCAGCCCCUCCGACGGCGCCCGCGACGACGACGAGGAUGUGGACCAACUCUUCGGCGCCUAUGGCUCCAGCCCCGGCCCCAGCCCCGGCCCCAGCCCGGCACGGCCGCCCGCCAAGCCGCCAGAGGACGAGCCGGACACCGACGGCUACGAGUCGGACGACUGCACUGCCCUGGGCACGCUGGACUUCAGCCUGCUCUACGACCAGGAAAGCAACGCUCUCCACUGCACCAUCAGCAAGGCCAAGGGCCUGAAGCCGAUGGACCACAAUGGGUUGGCGGACCCCUACGUCAAGCUGCACCUGCUGCCUGGAGCCAGUAAGGCAAACAAGCUCAGAACAAAAACUCUGCGGAACACGCUGAACCCCACGUGGAACGAGACCCUCACUUACUAUGGGAUCACGGAUGAAGACAUGAUCCGCAAGACCCUGCGGAUCUCUGUGUGUGAUGAGGACAAAUUCCGCCACAAUGAGUUCAUCGGGGAGACGCGAGUGCCCCUGAAGAAGCUGAAACCCAACCACACCAAGACGUUCAGCAUCUGCCUGGAGAAGCAGCUGCCGGUGGACAAGACGGAGGACAAGUCGCUGGAGGAGAGGGGCCGCAUCCUCAUCUCCCUCAAGUACAGCUCUCAAAAGCAGGGCCUGCUGGUGGGCAUCGUGCGCUGCGCACACCUGGCUGCCAUGGACGCCAACGGCUACUCGGACCCCUACGUGAAAACAUACCUGAAGCCAGAUGUGGACAAGAAAUCCAAACAUAAGACGGCUGUAAAAAAGAAAACCCUGAACCCAGAGUUCAACGAGGAGUUCUGUUAUGAGAUUAAGCAUGGAGACCUGGCCAAGAAGACCCUGGAGGUCACCGUUUGGGAUUAUGACAUUGGAAAAUCCAACGAUUUCAUUGGCGGCGUGGUUCUGGGCAUCAACGCCAAGGGGGAGCACCUGAAGCACUGGUUCGACUGCCUGAAGAACAAGGACAAGCGCAUUGAGCGCUGGCACACCCUCACCAGCGAGCUCCCGGGGGCCGUGCUCAGCGACUAGCACACCCUCACCAGUGAGCUUCCGGGGGCCGUGCCCAGCGACUAGCGCCCCAUCCGCCGUCACACAGCCCCUGCAUCACCUGGGCCCAGCAUGGGCAGCCCUGGGCUUCCUCAGCUGCCACCAAGGGCUGCCGCCUCCUCGUUGGGGGCCAUCGAGGACACCUGCUUGGACAUAGAGCCACUGCAGCGCCCACUCGGAGGACGUGGAGGGCCCAGCUCCUCAAGGCACCAGAAGGGCCGGGAGCUGGGCCGGCUGUCAGCCCUCAGGAGUCCGAGAGACUGGUGUUGGGAGGACCAGACCUCAGCCCCAGCACCCACUGGGGGAAGGGCCAUUCAGGACAAGGACCCUUCUAGAGGUCAGCAGGAAGGCCCAUGCAAGAACAGGGCCAGCGGGGAACAGUGGAGGGAGGUGGGCAGGCGAAAGACCAGACUCUGAGGAAUGGUUACUCUCAGACUUAGCCAAAGGGAGGCUGACUGCAUCCCUCCCCUCCAGCACUGCUGCACUGCCUAAGUGCAAAAGUGCCUGGGAAGAAGCACGCCUGCCAGAGAGACUUUUGAGGUUCCCGCAGGCUCCCAAAGUGGGCACAUUGAUGAGCGCUUCACUCAGGAUCCAGGAGCCUCAGGGAGUUCCUGUCUAGUCAGGGAGCAGAGACGAACCACUACAGCAGGGGCUGCAGGGUAAGGGGUGAGAAAUGCCGAGGCCUGCCUGCAAACGCUGUUGGUACUGGUGCCUCUGUUGGGAGGGUCGGGAAGGCUUCCUGGAGGAGGCGGGGCUUCCUCAAGGCCUUAAAGGUGAGUGGGGAUUUCUAGGCAGAGAAAGGGGAAGGGUGUUACGGGCAUCUACAAAGGCCAGGAACAGAGCCAGAGUGAGACCCAGGGUCUCUCUGCAGGGGCAGAGUUUGUUACACGGGAGUGGGGCAGGUGCAGGGGUGGGAGGGAGCCCCUGGAGAAACUGAUGCUUGUGCAGGGUCAAGUUGGGUCCUCAGGCCCAGCUCUCCCACUUUGAUCUUUCCCUUCCUGAGGGACCUGGAGGGUGGAUCCUGCCCCUCCCUUCCUUCUUCCCAGCAUGAGCAUUGGCCCAGCCUAAUGCAGGAGAGAAAAGGUUCCUCCUUGUCCUCGCUGUCCCCUUCCCUUCCCUCAGGGUUCAGGCUGAGUAUUGCAGGCUUCUAGGUGGUGGCUCACAGUAUCCUGGCUCUUCGUGGCCACAGAUGUCCCAGUCCCAGUUCAGGGGCUUAUCUCUCUGGGAAGUCCUGUGGGGCUGGCCCUGCCCUCCAGGAGCUAAGAGAGACUGCUGGCCCCUAGUCAGAAAGGGGCUGAGAAUAUCUGAAUCAUGGGGCCCAAGCCCAAAGCUCCCAAACUUUCCCCACCUACCAAGGAGUUUUCAGGAACAAAUGUAGAACCAAGAAGUUUCAAACCUACAGAACCCUAGUGUGUUCACACCAUCCCUGCAUGUUAAGAAACAGAGGCCCAAACCAUACAAGGAAGAUUUAAUUAUAUGGGCGGCGACUGUGGCUCAAAGGGGUAGGGCGCCGGCCUCAUAUGCUGGAGGUGGCAGGUUCAAAGCCAGCCCUGGCCAAAAACUGCAAAAAGAAAAAAAAAAAAAAAAAGAAACAGAGGCCCGGGCGGUGCCUGUAGCUCAGUGAGUAGGGCACUGGCCCCAUAUGCCGAGGGUAGUGGGUUCAAACCCAGCCCCGGCCAAACUGCAACAAAAAAAUAGUCGGGUGCCUGUGGUCCCAGCUGCUCGGGAGGCUGAGGCAAGAGAAUCGUUUAAGCCCAGAAGUUGGAGGUUGCUGUGAGCCGUGUAAUGUCAUGGCACUCUACCCGAGGGCAGUACAGUGAGACUCUGUCUCUACCAAAAAAAAAACAAGAAACAGAGGCCCCAAGAGGUGACCUGCCCAAGGCCUUCCAGCCCUCACCCAGCUGGGGUCAGGAUCCCUGGCCCUGCCUCAGGCCCAGCCUAGAGCCUGGACACCACACUUCAGGGGAAGUUGGGUGCUGGGCUCACCAACUGCUGCCCACCCCCAAUACCAGUAGCAAGGCUCACAGGCAUGAGGGUCAGACCCGCUGCUGUAAGUGAUGAUUCGAAUCCCACCAAGUGCCCGCCAGCCCUUUCCCAGCUUGCAGGGAAAAUGGAUUCCAGCUCCCACACAGUUCCUUGGCCACCUAUGCUGCUCACGGAGCCUUGGUCUCCCUGCCUUUAGAAAGGCUUUGUGUUGGGUCAAGGUUUUUGCAUGCACUGGCUUAAUGAGUCUUCACAACCCCGUGAGGUGGGUUCAGUUGUCACGCCCCUGUUACAGGUGGGACUGAGUCUCGGAAUCUGAGUAGUUUGCCAAGACCACACAGCUGGACAGUUGGGUGAGCCAGGACCCUAACCCUGGUCCUCAGGCUGACUGCAGGGCUACUCCCCAAGAGGGAAGUGAAGCUCAGCAGAGAACAGGUGGAGGAGGCUCUGGUGCACAGUAGAGACACGAGACCUGCCCAAGGCCUUCCAGCCCUCACCCAGUCAGCUGGGGUCAGGAUCACCUUCCUGCCACCUCCCCUCUAGCUGGCUUUGAAACCAUCUGUGCCAUUUAGGGCUUCUCCAGAGGUGCCCACCCAGCCCCAGAGCCCAGAGCUACAAUGGGGGGCCUAAAGUAAGAGGUGGUAUUUUUAAAGGGCCUGGUAUCUAAGUGAGUUCUGGGUAUCUUCUUACCUUUGCUUUUGUGAUGGGGCCUCAUUCAAAGAGAAGAUACGACAGCAUCUCUGAAGACGUGAAAGUACUGAAAGGCCAUGCUACAAGUGGCUGUGCUGUGAGCCCCACCUAGCAUGCCCUUCUCAUUAGACACAUGGGGAAACUGAGGUCGGUGGUGAAGGGGCUAGGACAACCACCCAGAAGUCAGGGCAUCAGUCAGGCCCGUUCUGCCCCAGCUGUACAAAUCUGAGCCUCCUGAAAGAUGGUCUUCUGGCCAACCCACCUAGGUGCAGGGUGAGUGCUCCAGCAGGAGGCCCUCCCAGGGAGUUAUACCAGGAUCCUGGCACUGGUGUAGACCCCUGAGUAUCACUGUUCAAGAAAACAGUGCUGUGAGAGACUGCAGAAUCGGCUCUGCCUUUGACUCCAAACGGACAUCUUUCCUCUGGUUCAUCAGCCCCACCGACAGAAAAUCUGAUGCCAAAAAAAAGUCAUUCCAAAGUCAGGUGUCAGUAACCAGGGGAUUGCUCUUGGCGCCGCGUUCACCUCCCUCUGCCCCGCCACCGCCACCGCUAGCCAAUCCCCGACGGCCGGUCUUCCAUCCCUGAAGCGGUAACCGCCUGACCUCCAGUGGCGAGAGCGAGGAACUGCACCCUGGCCCGUGCGGGGCCGUGCAUGCCCUGCCCUUUGUCGCCUCCCAACCGACUGAACCUCCCUAUGCAUGGACUCUGGCUGUCGUCGACGCAGACUCUCGUGCACUGCUUAACACCGUUUUGCUACCGCUGCAGAAAUUCCUCAAACUGCAGCCCCACAACACAAUUUUUGUACUUUUCGUCUGACCUACCCAAAGGUGUCCUUUUUAAGUCUUAUUUGUUAAUAUUUAUAAUGACAUAUAACCCAAAGUAAAUGGAAAGUCACACUACGGUCAUACUG